CACUUUAUCCACCAAUUGCGCCCACUAAAUUUUGACUCUAUCUUCUCAGGCGAUGCCCCAACAAAGUGUGAUGGAGGUCAGGCAGACAUGCUCUUCAUUCUAGACUCUUCAGGGAGCAUUGGUUUUGAUGACUACAGUCGCCAGCUGAAGUUUGCAGCUGACCUCACGGGAGAAUUCAUU